AUGCGGAAAUUUUCCCCCAUUACAUCAACAGCCUCAAAUCAGGCGCGAAUGUCGAGCACUAAGAGCCCAUUUGAGCUGAAGCCUAAAUAUGCAGAUUUCAAAAAAGUCCAAGCUUCACGACCUGAUUUCGACUCCACCCUUCCGAUCACAUAUACCAAGAAUCCAGACCCGGAUUGGAAAUACGGAAAGGGAUCCUCAGAUUCAUCGAGUCUCGAGAAAGGUCACGUUGAGAUUGACCCCUACAAAGAUGGCCGACCCAUGAUCUCAAAUUACAAACUCCUAGUGUCUGGAGUUCCUCGACCAGUCAGUUUUGUCAGCACAGUGUCAAAAAACGGAACUCGAAAUUUAGCACCCUUUAGCUAUUUCCAAGUUGUCGAUCACGACCCCCCGAUAUUCGUGAUAGGAUUUUCAGGUCGUGCUGAGAGGCCAAAGGACACGAUGAGAAAUCUUGUCGAGACGGGCGAGUGUGUUAUUAGUGUGGUGUCAGAACACAUGAUCGAGGCUGUCAAUGCAACUUCUUUAGAUGUUCCAUUUGGACAGUCUGAGUGGGAGUUUUCUGGGAUGCAUCCCGCAUCUUCGAGCACGGUGAAGGCGGAGCGGGUAAAGGAAGCUGUUUUCUCGGUCGAGGGGAAGUUGUUGGAGAUGAAAGAUUUGGAUUAUGGGCAUGCGAAGUUAGGGAAGCCCUUUGGAUCCCUGGCUAUUAUUCAAGCGACACGGUUCUGGGUAAGAGAGGAUGCUCUGGGAGAGAAGGGGGAAGAGAUUGAUCUCUCAGUCAUGCGGCCUUUGGUUCAAUUGGGUGGCAUUCAAUAUGGAAGGGUUCGGGAGACGUUUGAGUUGCCUCGGCCUUCGUUGGCCAAUGAAUUAGCUGCGAAGUCUUCAGGAUUAGAAAGAUUUUUAAAGGAGAAGGAACAAGCUCUCCCCUAG